AUGAUAAAAUAUUUGAUUAUUUCAACUUUAGUUUUAAGUUGUAUUACUAUUGACUUAGAUGCAAAUACUUUCAGCAAUUAUGUUGAAUUAAGAAUGACUCAUUUACAUUUAGAAUGGCUUUUAGAUUUAGAUAAUAAGAUAGUGAAUGCGACAGCAGAAUAUUAAUUAAAAGUGUUAAAGAAUGUAGAUCAUGUAUGAGUCAAUUAUUAAAAAGAAAGAUUGAUUUAGAUGUAUAUUUACUAGAUGUAUUUAAUGUUUAUUUACUGAAUGGAAACCCGCUUGAAUUUAAAAUAGAAGUUGUUAAAAAUCAGACUCUUGUCUAAGGUGAUAAAUUAGUAAUAAAGCUUGAUCGUUAAUACAAAGCUUUAGAAAACUUAGUUAUUCGAAUAAGAUAUGCUUAUACUGAGAAGGCAAGAGCAGCAGGUUUUUUAACGAAAGAAUAAACUUAAAGUAAGAAUGUUCCAUAUAUGUUUUCAUAAUGCGAAGCAAUAAAAUGUAGAUCUCUAAUGCCACUCUAAGAUACUCCUAGUGUUAAGUUUACAUAUUCUUCUACAGUCUUAAGUAAAGACCCUCUUAUUAAAGUGUUUAUGACAGGAAAUUAGAUAGAUACUUUAUCAUUAAUAGGGUAAUAUAAAGAAAAAUAAUUAUACACAUAUUCUUUUAAAUUAGAUAUUCCUAUUCCUGCAUAUUUGAUAGGAAUAGUUGCUGGAGAAGUUGCUUAAAAGCAAAUUGGACAAAAUUGUUAUGUUAUAUCGGAACCCUACUUUUUAGAUGAAUAUGCUUAAGAAUUAGAAGAACUUCCUUUUUUUAUUUAAAAAAUGUCAGAAUAUAUAGGUCCUUAUAUUUGGGGAGAUUAUAAAAUAGUAAUACUACCCCAAUCUUGUCCUUUUGGAGGAAUGGAACAUCCAUUAUUAACAUUUGCUAGUCCUAUGAUAAUUGUAGGUGAUAAAAGUGGAGUUGGCAUAGCUGUACAUGAAAUUGCUCAUUCUUGGAUGGGUAAUACAGUUACAGGUAAUAAUUGGUCAAAUUUAUGGAUUAUGGAAAGUUUAUGUGUAUUUUUAGAGAGAAAGACUUACUAAUUUGUUAGACCAAAGGAUUAUGAUGUUAUUGAAGCAAUAAAUGGGAAUAUAGAUUUGAUUGCAGAUAUUUAAAGUUUUUUUGAUCCUGAAAAACUAACUUAUCAAUCUUUGCAUCCAAAUACUACUUGGAAAAAUCCAAAUGAUUCCUUCUCUUUAGUGCCUUAUGAAAAAGGUUAUUAAUUACUAUACUAUCUUGAAUAGCUUAUUGGUGAAGAGAAUUUUAAAUUAUUUUUAAGAUCCUACUUAGAAUAUUUUAAAUUUUAGAGUAUAGAUGAAGAUGACUUAUAUAAAUAUCUUUUAGGAUGGGUCAGAUAAAAUAUUCUAGAUAAUUCUUAAAAUAUAAUUAAUGAAAUUAUUCUUGUUUAUAAACCUUGGGUAUAUGAAUUAGGUAAAAAAUAAUUAUUAUUUAGGUUUACCACCUAGAUAAUUUAAUUAAUAAACUCCAAAAUAUGACUAGGCUAUUUCAUUGGCUAAUGCAUGGAUUCAUAAUAAUGAAGAACCUGAAAAUGCUAAUGAAUAUAAAGAAUAUAUGCCAAAUUAAUAAACUAUUUUUAUGCAACAGAUUAUGUCUAAUUGGGAAAAAUUAAAUAAAGAAAAAAUUAAAGAAUUAGAAAAUUUUUACAAGUUUUCAGGAGCAAAGCAAGGAGUUUAAAUUGGAUUUAAAUGGUAUAGAACUAUUGUACUUUGUAAAUAUGAAGAUUCGUUUUGGGCUGUUCGAUAAUUUUUAUAAAGUUUGGGAGUACGAUCUUAUAUUGUAGGAAUUUAUGAAGUUUUGAUUUAAAACUAUUUGUAAAUUUGUUAAAUUAUUUUUCAAGAGACUUAGCAAAAUAGUGGUUUGAAGAAGACAAAUAUUUAUAUCAUCCUUUAGUUUCAAAUAGAGUAUAGGAUAUGCUUAAUAAAGCAGAAAUAAUUAAUAUAAUUUGA